GGGCCGGGCCAGCAGCCGCCGCGAUUGGCGGGGCCGCGGAGGAAUCGCGGGGAUCAGCUCGGGCCCGCGCCGCCGCCGCCACUGCAGCUGCGCCCCCGGGAGCGUCCGCACCGCGCACAGCCGUCCGCAGCCCCGCCGGCCCACGUGCACCGCGUCCGCAGGCCCUUGGGAAUCAUGUCUAAGCCGCACAGUGACAUGGGCACCGCCUUCAUCCAGACACAGCAGCUGCACGCCGCCAUGGCCGACACCUUCCUGGAGCACAUGUGCCGCCUGGACAUCGACUCGGCCCCCAUCACCGCCCGCAACACUGGCAUCAUCUGUACCAUCGGCCCCGCCUCCCGCUCGGUGGACACCCUGAAGGAGAUGAUCAAGUCUGGCAUGAACGUGGCUCGGCUCAACUUCUCUCACGGCAGUCAUGAGUACCACGCGGAGACCAUCAAGAAUGUGCGGGCAGCCACCGAGAGCUUUGCCUCAGAUCCCAUCCUGUACCGGCCGGUGGCCGUGGCUCUGGACACCAAGGGGCCAGAGAUCCGGACCGGUCUCAUCAAGGGCAGCGGCACAGCUGAGGUGGAGCUGAAGAAAGGCGCCACCCUGAAGAUCACGCUGGACAACGCCUUCAUGGAGAAGUGUGACGAGAGCACUCUGUGGCUGGACUACAAGAACAUCUGCAAGGUGGUGGAGGUGGGGAGCAAGAUCUACGUGGACGACGGGCUCAUCUCCCUGCAGGUCAAGGAGAAAGGCGCAGACUUCCUCAUCACCGAGGUGGAGAACGGAGGCUCCCUGGGAAGCAAGAAGGGUGUGAACCUGCCGGGGGCGGCCGUGGACCUGCCCGCCGUGUCCGAGAAGGACGUCCAGGAUCUCCGGUUCGGGGUCGAGCAGGACGUGGACAUGGUGUUCGCCUCUUUCAUCCGCAAGGCGGCUGACGUGCACGAGGUCCGCAGGGUCCUGGGUGAGAAGGGCAAGAACAUCAAGAUCAUCAGCAAGAUUGAGAACCACGAGGGCGUCCGCAGGUUUGACGAGAUCCUGGAAGCCAGUGACGGCAUCAUGGUGGCCCGCGGGGACCUGGGCAUCGAGAUCCCCGCCGAGAAGGUCUUCCUGGCUCAGAAGAUGAUGAUUGGCCGCUGCAACCGCGCCGGGAAGCCCGUCAUCUGCGCCACGCAGAUGCUGGAGAGCAUGAUCAAGAAGCCACGGCCAACCCGGGCCGAGGGCAGUGACGUGGCCAACGCCGUGCUGGAUGGGGCCGACUGCAUCAUGCUGUCUGGGGAAACGGCCAAGGGCGACUACCCCCUGGAGGCUGUGCGGAUGCAGCACUUGAUCGCCCGAGAGGCCGAGGCGGCCAUCUACCACCUGCAGCUGUUUGAGGAGCUGCGCCGCCUGGCGCCCAUCACCAGCGACCCCACCGAAGCCGCCGCCGUGGGCGCCGUGGAGGCCUCCUUCAAGUGCUGCAGCGGUGCCAUCAUCGUGCUCACCAAGUCCGGCAGGUCUGCCCACCAGGUGGCCCGUUACCGCCCUAGAGCCCCCAUCAUCGCCGUGACCCGCAACCCCCAGACGGCCCGGCAGGCCCACCUGUACCGUGGCAUCUUCCCGGUGUUGUGUAAGGAUCCCGUGCAGGACGCCUGGGCUGAGGACGUGGACCUUCGUGUGAACCUGGCCAUGAAUGUCGGCAAGGCCCGCGGCUUCUUCAAGAAGGGCGACGUGGUGAUCGUGCUGACAGGCUGGCGCCCCGGCUCGGGCUUCACCAACACCAUGCGUGUGGUGCCCGUGCCCUGAGCCCCCAUGUGCCCCGCCCCAUCCCGCAGGCCAGAGACCGCCCCAGUGCAAGAGGGGCAGGGGCGGGACCAGGCUGUGCU